AUGGGAUAUUUGGUAAACACAAGAACACCAGUAAAGGAAACGGUUACACAAACGCAGAGACAUGAAAGAACAUUCAUGGAGCUACCAGGAAGCAUUCAAACUACAGUAAUGACAAAACAUCAAAAAGCUGAAGUUAUGAUUGCAGGAGAACAGCUAAGGUUGCGACUGCAUGACAGCAAGUUGAUUAAAGACCGUAGACACCACUUGCGCACAUACCCGAAUUGUUUUGUGGCUCAAGAGCUAAUUGAUUGGCUGAUUGCUCAUAAGGAAGUGCCUGAUCGAGAGACCGCUGUGCAACUCAUGCAGAACCUUAUGGACUAUGACAUCAUACAUCAUGUGUGUGAUAAGUGGCCCUUGUUCAAAGAUGCCAAAUACUUGUACAGAUUCAGAGAAGAUGAUGGAACAUUUCCUUUUAAUUUAGAGGUCAAAAUAUUCAUGCGUGGACAAACACUAUAUGAACAUCUUAUUGCAUGCAAAGUCUCCAUUUUGCAAGAGAGACAAGAAAAGGGUGUGGCUUAUGAGCGUUCUUUCCCUGGUUACAUGUUAAUCGAUUGGCUGCUACAGAACGGUGAAAUAGAGAGUCGACGACAGGGACUAGAUCUCUGCAAGGCCUUACUAGAAAAUGGUAUCAUUCAGCAUGUCUCCCAGAAGCAUCACUUCUUUGACAGUGGGCUGCUGUAUCAAUUCUGCAUUAACUUUCGCCGGCGACGCCGUCUCUCCGAACUGUUACACGAGACAGAGAGUGAAGAAGUUGAAUGUACAGCACAGCAAAAUCAAGAUGACCAGGCUGACAGCCCCUUCGCAUUACGCAAACUCUCACCAUAUGAGGGCAACAGUAACUUUUUAUCUGUCCAGUCUAUUAAUGAUGAUUUAAAUGUGCCUACAAAUGGACGAUGUGGAAGUCUGGUCCACCAUCAGCACAGUUCAGACGGAUACCCCCUCACUGCUUCCCUUUCCAAAGCCUUUGCAGUACAAUGCAAUCCUAAAUCAGUGCUAAAAAGACCUGUAACCUGUGAGGAGCUGUUAUCUCCAGGUGCUCCUUAUGGAAAAAAAGUUCUUACAAUCCUCGGAGAUGCCCUAGGCUGGGGCUUUGUAGUACGAGGAAAAUCACCUUGUUAUGUUCAGGCUGUGGAUCCUGGAAGCCCCGCUGCAGCAGCUGGAGUUAAGGUACGCCAAUUUGUGUGCCGGGUGAACGGAUGCAGUGUGCUUCACCUGGACUACCGCGCACUGUCAAAGCUGGUGAUGACUGGACCUCGGGUUGUUACUUUGGAAGUGAUGGAACCAUUGACAAGUUAAUGUAAUAGCAGCACAAUAGAUGUGUGAUGUAUAAUAAAUCAAAGUGUAAUACUGCUUUAAGUGUGUGGUGUAACACCCCCCUCCAAAUGUGAUAUUUUAUCAUUCAAAGGGGUUGUGAAGAUGACAAAAUAAAGAUAUUGAUCUAACCUUAUGUCUUCUUUAGAAUUUUUUAUUAAGAUUAAUUCUAAUAACCGUUACCACAACUUUACACCCACCAGUCUGUAUUUUGAUGCUGUACUGUUUGAUCAAUCAAUUGUUAAACUAUUUAAUUAGGCCUACCCACCCAUUACUUUUGCAAAC